AUCGAUGCUUAGUUGCAGCCGACGAGUCGCAGAAACAUCAUGGGAUAUUUGGCGAACUUUUGCGUUGUAGCAGUGUUUUUGGUCAAGGAUGUUAUAACUGUCCCAAAAUCGGGCCCGUACACUAUUGUGAUGCAACGUGAAGAAACCUGUGAAGACACCGGAACCAACCAAGUGUACUUCGGUGGCAAUAUGAAAAAGAACGGGAACGGAAUGUUGAUGUACACGGGAGACAUCUUAUUUGAUGUUCCGUGGGACAACAAGCUCCAGGCAGAGGUCGACUUACAGCAGUUCCGUAACGGAGUGUACACACCGAAAAUCAUCUAUCACAAGUUUAAAAACUGCGUAGGAAUGUUGAAAUACGGCCUGGACUUGUGGGGCGCCUUCUUCAGAGCUGCCAACUACAACUUCACUCAAUGUCCUCUACCGGCGGGUGUCUAUCCUGUCAAAGACUGGGAGGUUCGCAUUGAGUUCAACAAUCUGAAAACGUUCAUCUACGGAUCUUACAAGAUGGUGACGGUAUUCUCUCGAGAGAACAAGAGAGUCGGCUGCUUUACCAUAUAUGGAGAUGUAGUGCCAAGGAAAGAGGAGUGAAUAUUAACAUGACCAUUACAUAUUUGAGGAGUACAUAAACAGGUGUAUAAUAAUCAAACUUAGGGGAAAUAAACGUUGUUUUCACUU